CUAGUGCUACUGACUCGGGGUGGGAAUGCGCCGCCGUACAGUACCGCGCUGCGGCCUGCGGGGGCAAAUGAUUCCAGCAUCCACCUGGCCGGACGCGGCCGAGAAUUCCACAGCCACGGCGCACGUACGCGGUACGUACGUCCCACCCUACCCGACGUGAUCCCUCCGAUUCAAUUAGCUCGCACAGUGGCACGGAUCCCGCACAGUGCCGCGCCCGCCAUUUCUUAUGCGAACGCUUCCCUCCCACCGCACAUCUCACCCCUGCCAUUGCCCCUCCACUCCCCGACCAGGUCUGCCUAGCCGUUUGACUCCCGCGCGUCGAGUCCUCAGCCCGGAGCAGAGGUUUUAGCCGUUUUUUCCCCUCCUUGGUGGAACGGCAGCGAGGGAGGUUAUUCUUGGUUGGAUUGGAUGGGCUGCAAGGGGUCGAAGCACACGCUGCAUGGAGGAGGAGGUGGGGCGUGGGCGCCGGAGCCGCGGACCUGCUCCGGCCUGGUGGGGCGGCACUCCGUCGCGCUGAGGUCGUCCACGCUGGGGACUCUCAGCUUCGACCGCGCGGCGGCCGCGGCCGCGGCGGCGGGCGUUUCUUUUGGCGGAGGGGACGAGGGGAUGAUCAAGGCCGGAAACGACGGCGGCGGCUCGGGGAAGUACGGGCCGUCGUGUUCAUUCGGUGGGUGGCGCCCGGGGACGCCGCCGGUGAUGGCGCCGGCGAAGCGGCAGAGGCGGGUGGUGCUGAAGGUGGCGCCGCGGACGCCGACCAAGACGCCGAUGCGUGAGCCCGAGGAGAUCAACGUGUGGGAGCUCAUGGAGGGGCUCGAGGACGAGGAGGGCGAUGAGGACGCGGAAGAGGACGGCCACAGCGUUGAGCGGCAGGUGAAGUCGGCGCCCGGAUCGCCGGUGUUCGAUCCGGUCAUCCUGGACGCGUUCCGGAAGGCGCUCGAUGAGCUGUCGCCUGACUCGCCUCCUCGUGACGUCGUCGCACGCAAAGGAGGAGACGUUGAGAAGGUCGAAAUCCAGAUGUUCCCGGGCAUCGUGCGGUCGCGGGUCAACGUGUUCCAGGAAAAGAUCAACGCCAAGCUAGCCAAGAAGGCGCCGCCACAGCCACGGCCGCUGCCACCGCCGCCGGACAGCACGCGACGGGUCGUGGUGUACCUCACAAGUCUCCGCGGCAUCCGCCAGACAUACGAGGACUGCUGGUCCACGAGCGCCAUUCUGCGCGGCUACGGCGUGCACGUCGACGAGCGCGACCUGUCCAUGCACGCCGGGUACAAGGAGGAGCUCCGCGCUGCGCUAGGCGGAGGCGCCCACUAUGCGCUCCCGCAGGUGUUCGCCGACGGCCGGCUCCUGGGCGGCGCCGAGGAGAUCCGCCGCAUGCACGAGACAGGGGAACUGGCAAGUGUCCUCGAGACCUGCGAGAUGGCACCGCGCGCCAAGGGAGACGCCGCGCGGGAGGCGUGCGGCGGCUGUGGCGGCGCGCGGUUCGUGCCGUGCGACGCUUGCUCCGGCAGCUGCAAGGUGUUCGUUGUGGACGAGAGCGCCGGCGCCGGCGCCGGCGCGUUCAGGAGGUGCCCUGAGUGCAAUGAGAACGGGCUAGUGAGAUGUCCCGUUUGCUAGCGGAGUUGUGAAAACAUUCGAGUUUGUGUGGAAUUUUUGUAUGCCUUUUCUCGAGGUGUUCCAUGAAUUGUUCCAAGACUACUCGUACGGAUCAAGAGAAUUACACAAAUCUGCUAUCUUUGGAUUGCGGUGAGCCGAUGACACAUUUCUUUAUAACCUGAUAAUUUCAGUGUAAAAGAACAAAAGUUCUGCCUUCUGACCACCAGCUUGUAAAUUACUCCCAUGCCGAUGUGAACCCAUGUGUCCAAGGACUAGCUCAUCAAGUGUUCGAUAAGUGGUAUCAUGAGUUCAUGACACGUGACUGAUAAUCAAGGGCGGAGCCAGGCGCAUGGUAGCCUGGGCUUCGGCCCACGGCUUAGACCUAAAUUUAGAUUGAAUUUUACUUGUUGCGUGUGCCCCUGAACAGUUCUUUUUGUACUUGGACAAUUGGUUCUUGUGAUUAAUUUUUGGUUCUUGUGUUUGGGACAUUUGAUUCUAUACUUCAACAGUAUGAUUUGCAGUUGCAGAGUGAGGGCUGGAGAUGCUGCGAGCGCUGGUGAGCGGCGGUGACGAGCAGUAAGGGGUGUGAGAAUCAAAGCUCACUGUCCCUAUAAGCGACAUAUGGCAGCCCCGUCAGCACCACCUGACAUUCGCACCGCCAGAAAUGGUAAACCUCGUUCCAUCGAUACGCAGCUGUUCAUCUCAAAGAACACGGCCAAAAAGUCCUACGAGUUGCCCACACG